UCGGCGGCGACGGGGCAGGGUGAUUCCAGGCAGGAGGGCGAGACCCGGCAACGGAGACAGCGAGCGGCGCGGCCCAGUACCUGGAGACAAUUCUGAGCCCAGUAAGUUGUGAUCCAUGGCUACAGUGAUAACAUGCCGAAGAUUUCCACGAGGCGUUCGCAGCAUGGUUGCAUUUUCAACUACAACCAAGUGUGGGACCAAGAAGAGAAUUCCUAUUAGAAAACAAAAGGAGGAUGAGAGCCCUGAAGUGAGUGACACAGAUGCUAAAGCUGAGGCUUCUAUCAGAUUGCUGAACCCUCUGGAAUACAGAGUACUUUAUAAUCCAUCGGCCUACACAGGAAUCAAAACCGCAUCCCAUCAGAAUGCUGCUAGAAACUGUGACGAUAGUAAAGGGCCACUUGGAAGUGAAUUCUCCAGCACUGGUGCUAAGCAGUUUCAGUAUACGUACAGCAUCACCUGUUCUCAAAGCCAGUCAAGCACAAAACGCACCUUGCUGGAUCUGAAGUUCUAUAAAACUCUUUCCACACAGGCCAACUCGGAGCCUCCAGCCACGCUGGAGCCCAAGGAAGACAAAUUGGAGACCUAUGACACUAAGGAAGACCCCAGAAUGUUUCAGAAGCACAGACCCGAAUACCGAUCUCUAAGUUAUGACAGGUCCGAGACCUUGCAGGUCCUUCCCCUAGAAGAAGGUGACUUGAUAUUACAUAAAGUAACUGUUCUUAAGAAUGGCCCGAUCCCAGGAACCAUGGUGCAAUAUUUUUGCAAGCUGAGCUGUUUGCCAGUGGAGCAGCAUGUGAUGGUGAGGUCCAAUAGUAAGUUUAUGAUGUUGUGUCGUUACGCAGUUGAAAACAUCCAGCUGUUUAGCAUCUCGGAACUCACUGACAUUUUAAAGGCCUUUAUCUGUUUAGGCAUUCCACCAACCCACUCCAUGCUGAAUGUGUAUGAGACUGAAUUUUGCCGUCGGGUGUGGGACAUGAGCCUGGAUCAGCUACUGCUGGUGGCUGACCUGUGGCGCUGCUUGGGACGCAGCGUGCCUCACUAUUUACAGAUCUCCUUCAAUUAUGUUACCUUGCAUUGGAAAGACCUCACCUUGCCUCAGCUUGUUCAGCUGAUUUAUAUCAUAGGCGAAGGUCGGAGCGUACCCCAGGAUUUAAUGCAGAAGUUGGAGACUUUAGUGUUGAAGUACUUGGAUUCCUUCAACUUGGAGGAAGUGGGCACCAUUUCCUUAGGGUUCUUCAAGUCCAACAGUGCCUUUUCUGAGCAUGUCAUGAGAAAAAUUGGAGACAGGGUGUCAGGCCAGAUGGCAGACAUGAGCAAUUAUGCUUUAGUGAAUGUACUUAAGAUGUUCCGCUAUACUCAUGUAGAUCAUUUAGAAUUCUUGAAGCAACUUGGGAAAGUCAUUCCUCCUCGGAUUGGUACUAUAGGCAUUCAGGGUGUCAUGCACAUAACUCUUGCCUGUUCAGCCUUGCAUUACCUCGAUGAAGGGAUUAUGAAUGCAGUAGCUUCUUCGUUGCCUUCCAGGGUGAUGUAUUGCCGUAGUAAAGAUGUUGCUAAAUUCUUGUGGUCAUUCGGAUGCCUGAAUUAUGAGCCGCCUAAUGCAGAGAGGUUUUACUCCAGCCUCAUAGAGCAGAUGUACAGAAAGAUGCAUGAAUUUGAGAAGUUCCCAGAACAUCUCCUCACCUGUUUGUUGGCUCUGGCAUUUGUUGGGCACUUCCCAGAUGACCUAAUAGAUUACACUCUGAGUGCUGAAUUUAUUCAGUUAACCAGAGAGAGUAAAUUUGAGCUUAAAAAGGACCUGUUCACUCUUGAUGGUAGUGUAGAGAUAGAGUGCCCAGAUUACAAAGGUAAUCGCCUUACGCCACAGUUUCAGCAAGAGGUUACUGAGAUGCUGUGGAAUUUUACGAAGAAGGAAAUCUGCAUAAAGCCGGAAGUGACAGAAGCUGUCUCUCUACUUGAGGUAAUGUUAGGUGGACCCCAGUAUGUCAAACACCACAUGAUUUUGCCUCACACUAGAUCAGAUGAUAUGGAGGUCCACUUGGGCACAGACCGAAAACCGUUACCUUUUAACUUAAAAGCUGCCGCAGCAGCUAAAGGAGAACUGCAAGACAUUGGAGUCAGUCUCACAGAUAACUUAAUGAAUCAGCUGCUGAAGGGGAAGUCCAGCGGCAAGUCACUUGUGGGUAAUAAAACUCAGACAGAGACUUGUAGCCAGAAGGAGGCAGUAGAACAGAAGCAGGCUCCACCCAUUAGGAAUCAUUCUGCAUUUUCAUAUGAGGUUCCUCUGACUGACACUAUUUUGAAUGUCUUGACCAAAUCAAAGACCUCUCCUGAAAAUUGUCCCUCCCAGCUAAGGCUGCAGCCCAGAGGCGUGAAGCUAGCCAUUCAGGUGUCAAACAGGAACCAGUACUGUUAUGGUUCUAAACAGUUGUUGGGACUACAUAGCUUGAAAAGGAGGCAGCUACAGAAACUGGGAUAUGUGGUAGUCGAGCUGCCCUUUUGGGAAUGGCUUCCUUUGCUCAGACGGACCCGUUCAGAGAAAUUGAGCUACCUGCACCACAAAGUGUUCAACUCAGUUCUUUAAGAAUAACAGUGUCAUCAAAAAGCUAUUUGACAAAUUAAUGUCUGAAUCAACUUCUGAAGGGGAAUCUGCCUGGCUAUACAAAGUGAAAUAGCCAUACAGAUGCUUCUGUCUGUCUCUCAUCACUGUUUAAAAUGGUCCCUCUCUUAGAAUAACUUACUUUGGUAGCUGCUUUGCAGGCAGAGUAUGCAGGCAGAGACUUGACAGCCGUGUUAGCAGGUUCAUCCUGCUGCCUCAUCUACAGCUGUAAAUCCCAAGCUUGUUCAGCUUGUAAGGAGAUCCCAGAGUGAUUCUAUUACAAAUAAAAUCUCUAAUAACAUACUCUUUUAUCCACAACACCUUUUCCCUUCAAGCGAGAGCCGGUGGGUUUGGUUGCUCGGUGUGUGAAAACCAGCCUCUCCUUCAGGGUGAUGUAUCAAUGCAGUCACCUGGAGAAGAAUUGGUGAAUUCUAAAGUGUGCACAUGCCCCGUGCCACAGACACCUCUUGCCCAUGGGUACCUACCACACUGGUCUGGGUGUCAGGGAAAUGGGCUUCCCUGUGCUUUGGCGCCUUCCAGUGCUUCUAGUUUGCAGAUGUAUGGGAAGGAUUCCAGGGCUUCCCCUUUCUUGGGUUUAUAGUGAAAGUGAAGGAGCUGGUGAGUGGUAUGGGGCUGGGUUGACAGCAUGAGUGCUGGAGAGGAGGGGGAUGGGAGAGGGACUGUUGUGUUGGCCAUUGGUUUCUCAUGCAUAUGUACACACACAAAAAGGCUUAGAGGGAACAUAGGUCUUGGAUCGCUCUCAGUGGAGAGGCAUUCACCUUACACAACACCCAAUUAUGUUGGUACUAAUUAGUCGUGUUGAUGGCAGUCUGACUCACAUAGGUAAAGGCUGAACGGCCUAGAAAUCUAACUAUCCAUCUUAAGUGGUUCCUCCAAGUUGAGGUUGAAUCACAUAGACCAGGCAGUGUGGCAGAAGCUUGUACUGCUGCUGUCUAGCCUAUCUAUUCUGUAGAUUAAAAGAGGGUUUUAGUCCUCACCUGCUUAGUUGAUAUACUUAUUGCAUCACAUCUAAAAUUAGAUGCUGAAAUCUUUGGGGACAGGGAAUAGGUCUUUGCUCUGUAAAGGUCCUAGCACAUUUUGGAGCAUUAUGUAAAUUAUCAUCUUCCUCUUAUUUUAUACCAUGUUUUAUUUCGGAUCCCAUACUAAUAAACCAUGCUAGUAGCGGGAA